GGGGGCGGGGUGCAGCAGGAGGGAGCAGAGAUGUUUGGAGGCUUUUUUUUAAUAUAAAAUUAUUUAUUUAAAUAAAAAUGGCCGCCGUGGAGAGCGGAGAGGAGAGACUGGAGGAGGGGCAAGAGGGUGAGGAGGGACCCGUUGACCCCCGGCCCCCUGCCAGAGAGAGAGACAGGUCCCACAGUAAGACCAAGAAGGCCCGUCGGGAGCGUCGUCAUGCCGACCGGGGGUCGGAGACCACAGCCGCAGACACGCCCCCGACAGCCACUCUGCAGCCACAGAUGGGGGCGGAGCCACAGACACAGGUGUCGGAGCCGGUGGCAGGCCCCUCAGAGGAGCCGGGGUCUGAGUCGGCAGCCGGCAGCGAGUCUGCAGGUUCUCCCAGGCAGCGGCGCUCCAUCAUCCGGGACCGCGGGCCGCUGUACGACGACCCAUCGCUGCCUGAAGGCUGGACCCGCAAACUCAAACAGAGGAAAUCCGGUCGCUCGGCGGGGAAGUUCGAUGUCUACCUGAUCAACUCGGAGGGAAAGGCGUUCCGUUCCAAAGUGGAACUCAUUGCCUACUUCCAGAAGGUUGGUGACACGACCACCGAUCCCAACGACUUUGAUUUCACUGUCACUGGACGUGGAAGCCCCUCCCGCCGCGAGAGGCGUCCGCCUAAGAAACCAAAGGUGGUGAAACCAUCGGGGCGAGGCCGUGGGCGGCCCAAAGGCAGUGGGAAGAUGCGGCAGGCUACAGAGGGCGUGGCCAUGAAGCGCGUGGUUGAGAAAACUCCGGGCAAACUGCUGGUCAAGAUGCCCUUUGGCAAGGCAGAGUCCUCCACAGGCACCACAUCCACUGCCUCAAAGGCGGUGUCUUCUGCUCUUGUGCCCAAGUCCCGUCCCGGCAGAAAGAGGAAGUCAGAACAGGAACCUCCUGCCCCACCACAAACCACCCCUAAGAAACGGGGAAGGAAGCCAACCUCGGCAUUAGCAGCUUCAGCGGUCGCCACAGCAUCCACCUCCUCUGCAUCAACCUCCGGAGGCUCGGUGGCCGGGAGUUAUGCAGCGGCCGCCAUUUUAGCUGCGGAGGCCAAACGGAGAGCGGCCAAGGAGUCUUCCACCAAACCUGUCGUCCAGGAAACGGCCCUGCCAAUUAAAAAACGCAAAACGAGAGAAACAGUGGAGGAGAGGGAGAGCGUUCAGACUCCAGCGGCCUCUAGUGCUGAGACUGAGAGAGGGGUCGCUGCAGAGGAGGAGGAAGGAGGUAAAGGACAGGGAGCGCCGACCUCAGAGCCUCAGCCCGCCCCCUCUGAGCAGAGCCAAUCACAAACUGCCUCAGAUGAAUCACACGGACACAAGGCGCAUAAAGGGAGGAAGCACAAGGAGAAAACAGGGAUAGCGGCAGGAGACGGAGGAGGAAGAGGUGAGGAAAGGGAUGAAGAUGUAGGAGGAGAAGGAGGAGGAAGGAGUAGCAGCAGCAGCAGUAGCAUCAGUUCCUCAAAGAGCCACAAAAGGAAGGAGCGACUCCCCCAUAAACACCACCAUCAUCACCACCACCACCAUCAUCAUCACCGCCACCAACAUUCCUCCACCCUGGAUCUUCCUGCUCCUCCUCCUCCUCCAGCUCCCUCCAGCCAGUCCAGACCUGAAGACGAGCCCCGGACCGUCCCUCAGCUCACUUCCCAGCAGGCUUCCCACAGACCGCAGUCUCUUCCUGAACCUCGAUCUCCUCCUCAGUCCCGCCACCAACCCCAACCCCGGUCCCAGCAGCAUCCCCAGCCUCCCAGUCAGUCCCAACCCCAACCCCGGUCCCAGCAGCAUCCCCAGCCUCCCAGUCAGUCCCAACCCCAACCCCAACCCCAACCCCGGUCCCAGCAGCAUUCCCAGUCUCCCAGUCAGUCCCAACCCCAACCCCGGUCCCAGCAGCAUUCCCAGUCUCCCAGUCAGUCCCAAUCCCAACCCCGGUCCCAGCAGCAUCCCCAGCUUCCCAGUCAGUCCCAACCCCAACCCCGGUCCCAACAGCGUUCCCAGUCUCCCAGUCAGUCCCAACCCCAACCCCGGUCCCAGCAGCAUCCCCAGUCUCCAAGUCAGUCCCAACCCCAAUCCCAACCCCGGUCCCAGCAGCAUUCCCAGUCUCCCAGUCAGUCCCAACCCCAACCCCGGUCCCAGCAGCAUCCCCAGUCUCCCAGCCAGUCCCAACCCCGGUACCCUGCACCCCAACCCUCCCCUACCAGGCACGUCUCGCCCCCGUCCCGGCCCCAACAACCCCCACCUCAAACCCACAGUCAGUCCCAGCCCUCCCCCCAAAAAACCCAGUCACAGCCAGCCCAGCACCGGACCCAGCUUCAGACUCAGUCCACAUCCAUCCUGCACAUUCAUCCACACCCACAUCCGCAAACCCAGUCCCCCACAGCACACCAACCUCAACCCCAGACCAGACACCUGUCUCAACCCCAAACCCACCUCAAACAACAAUCUCAGACCCGGCAGUCACUGCAGCCUCAACUCCAACCCCAAACCAGGACCCCAACCCAACUUCAGACUCAAUCCCAGUCCAGAAUCGCAGCCCAACCUCAGCCUCAACUGCAGCCCAGAACCCCAGCCCAAAUGCAGCCUCAAACCCAGUCCAGAACCCCUUCCCAAAUUCAACCUCAGUCCAGGACCUCAGCCCAAACGCAGCCACAACCCCAGUCAAGAACCCCGGCCCAGCCUCAGCCUCACCUACAACCCAGACAUCAAGCGCAGCCCCAACAGCAGACGAGGCACACAUCGCAACACCAGUCUCAAUACAGACCACAACCCAGACAAUCUCUCUCCCAACCUAGGCCAUCCCAGUCCCAGUCCCAAGCACAACCCCACUUUCAGCGAAUUCAAACACAGCUGCGCACCCAAUCCCAGCCCCACCCUCAGCCCGCCAGGCCCCACCUGCAGCACCUUUCAUCCCACCGACCACCUCCCAGUCUGUCCAGGACCAACCUGGUCCCUGCUCAGCAGAACCAGAGCGAACAGCCCCAAGACCUUAGCACCACGCGGCCUGGCCGGGGGAGCCUGCUGCCAAGCCGAGAGGUCGGCGUGGAGGGUGUCAGGGCGGAGGGGAGGGCGGAGCCAAUCACAGAGUCAGGAGGGUCAAACAGCACCUCGAGGCCUCCUGGAUCUCCAGGAGUAGCCGGGUCCGGGGUCGGCCUGGUCCCCGGGGCAGACGGUAGGGCUAGGCUUCGGGCAGAGCCAGAGGCAGCAGGUGAGGGCAGGGAGCUCAGAGACAUCGUCCCCCAGUCCGCCGUCCCCUGCCCCAGCCGAGAGGAGACUGUAGAGUCACGGACUGUCGUCAGUGAACGAGUCAGCUGAUUGGUCGGGCUGACGAACAGCUGAUUGGUCGGUAGACUGACGGACUGAGUCAGCACCAGGUGGAGGAGGACUGAGACUGGGCUGUGAAGAAUAGCGUCACACAGAGCUGGCUCCGUCUGGAGACUCUGUAAAGUUCUGGAUUUGAGAACCAACUGGGCGCUGAUGGACAGCUGGAGGACGGAUAGAGUCUUUUUCUAGGAAAAACAAACAAAGAGGAAAAACCGAUAAACAAGUGUGUGUGUAUAUAUAAUCAAAAGGCAGCUGUUGUGUCCCGCUAGUCUCCGUGGGGAGGGGGGGAGUAGUUUGGAACUAAACGCUUAACAACACAUUACUCUGAACGAAACGUUGCUUCCGGAAUAUAACCUCUUUUUUUUUUAUUUGGUAUUUUGAUAGUUUGUUUUUGUCUCCGUUAUACAGCUUUAAACUCUGAUAUUAUUGACUGACAGUCCCUUACUCAUCGUUGUGCUGCUGACUUACAGUCUCUUAUUUAAAGUCCUGCUCUCUCUAAAACUCCUCGUUGACUGACAGUCCCUUACUGAAACUAGCCCUCGACUGAAAGCACUCAGAGGUGAUGUGGCGGUCUGCACCUUUAACUGGUUUCUUAGAAAUCUCACCGUUUUAUUUCCUCCCCAUUUAUCUUUAAAGCAACAUUAUGUAAGAGGUAUUUUUGGUAUUUGUAACUUUGCUAACAGCCAAACAACAACAAGGUGAAUAAUUCUAACUAACAUUACUGACUACUCCAACAGCAAGAUGACCAGCUCGUCGUCUGUCUGCAGACCAAGCUCUCUUUAUCCAACCACUAACAGACAGUCCCACAUUUACUCUCUCCUUUUCUCUUCUGAGCUUCCUGAGCCUCUGGCAUUAGCUCUGUCCAUAGAAGCUGCUGAGCCUGGUUACAUUGCCUCCUCGUCUCGCUCUGGUUCGGCACUACGCCGGUGCCGCUCUCUGUCAGCAUUCCCUGAAAACUUCCUCCUCCAGGUGGUCCAAAGCUCCUGUGCUACCAGUGUGAACACCAACACUCCCCCAGUGCUUAAGGCAGCAGUAUGGCUAAGCUAACAGCAGCUACAUUAAGCAGCAGUUAAGGUCUUUGCACAUCAAGUCAAAAUUCUUCGUAUUUGAUUUUUAAAUCCAUCAUCCGAUUAAAAUCAUCAUAGAAACCUUGCAUACUGAAAUUCACAAUAUGAGAUGGCGUAGUCACUUAGUGAGGAUGAUUUUGUGGUCCUCGCACUGAAAGUAGAAUAAGAAAAAGUAAUUGGGUCCAAGGUGUCAAGAACAAGGAGAGUUUGACCUGCUGAUAAAGGAGCUGUCUGCUCCUGCUGUCUCUUUGUCUCUGUUCCUCCACCAGAUCACGUGAGCGGUGAGAAUUUCAGAUUUCCUCGCUCAUGGAGCUGUUUGUUCACUCUGCUUUCCCAUUCAAAGCCUCUCUGGCCGCUCCGCUCAAAAUCGCUUCACACUCAACUGCUUGAGCCGAAAAACUAAAAAGGAUACAUUAUAUUUUAAUUUGAUCUUAAAGCCUGAUUGAGCUGUAUCAUACAUUAUGUGUCACAGAUCAGACUCAGUAGGAUGAAGCCCUUCACUGCAGAUCCUUUCAUUGUUGCAAAAGAAGCAACACCCCGCUGAGCCAUGGACACAAUUCAUGAGGUCAUUCUAAAGAUCAGCUAUACGUGUGAUUACAAAUGAGCAGAGGAGCAGAAUCACUUGCACUUCUGAUACAAACAGCCUCGCGCUCGUGUUGAUGUGCAAAUUAACAAUGAACAGGAAGCAUGGGAAUGAUCCUGGUGACACACAGUGGUACCCCAGUACUUAAAAUAACUUUGUUUCAGAGUAGGGGUGUAAACAUGAUUGACACAAUCUGAGGUCAUAUUUGAUUUAAACGUGCCACAAUUUUGGUCGAAAAAUACGGACUUGGUGUGCAAUGGCUUUUUCUUUACUGUCCAUCAGGAAACUCACCAGAAAACAUUGUCUCCAAGUAUGAUCCAGUUUCACCAAAAUCACAGUUGUUGGUGGUGGUUGACUUUAAAGCGUUAUGCACUUGUCCCGACCAAAGACCACAGUGCAGGAACAGGAGAACAGAGGAACCAUUCACCCCGUUACAGUCAGUGGAACAUCACCAGGAGUCUGUUACUCUAAAGUUACAUAAUGUUGCUUUAAGGCCACAAAGAGGGGGUCAGUAAUGUUUUCCAUCCACUUCCAGACUGCCCCCUACAGGUAGCGAAUCUGAUGUAUGAGUCUGACUCUACACAGAACUCAUUCUGUCAUCAUCGUUUUAAAUAUUUGGACGACUUGAGGAGUUCUUGAGUCUACCUAUCGGACAGAUGAAAAACCUUGAGAGCUCCUCAAGUGUUUCAAACGCAGCGAGUUGUUCUUCCAGUUAGAGAUUCUUCCAUACUGGUCUUCAUUGAAUCUGUUUGGUAGUCUUUUUGUUUCCAAAGGAAGCGCUUUUAAUAUCAAACCAAACCCACCUUUACAGUAGCUUUAUUUUAGUUUUUAGUCUUAAUGAAAGAGUGGGAAAUGGAGUCAUUUUUAUCGUGUCUUCGUGUUGAAUGUCUGGAACAGUUUGCACUCCUCCAGUUUGUACAAUCAACCGCCUGCAUGUCGCUCGGAGACCCUGCAGGCCUUCAACCGGAGCAGCACGUACGCAGAGGUCGGCCUUGUCCCUGAACCCGGUCCGAUUCAGCUUCAGGUGGAGUCAGAUGUGUUGAGACGGCAACACAAAACUCUUCAGUGAGCAGAAAUCUGGAAGUCUAGAUUUGAGAGCACGAACAGAGAGAGUAAGAGGAGGAACUGAAGACUGAAAAACUCAACAUGAAAAUAAAAGAAGCCAAUCUGACAUAAUGGUCAAACCGUGUAAUUACAGCAGUGGCAUCGGUCACUUAAUACACAGCGACCAAGACAAGCAGCUGUAAAACGAAUGAAAUGAUUUUCACUAUCAGAGUCUGAUCUAUUCCUUCCCAAAGUAUUUGGUCAGAAUGGUCUACAAGAGCUGCUCCACUAAUUCCGUUUAUCCGUUUAUCAUGCUAGCAGAAGGCUAAACAGGAAGUUAGCAGCCCCAAUUUAAGAUUUUUCUAGUCAACUAGCAGUUCGUGAGAUAAAGCCAAUAGUGGACUAGUCAUCAUGUUUCUGAUAUCACUGUAUUGAUUAGAACCUGUUAACCAGCAGUAAUGAUUGUGAAUCAGAACAAGCAGUAACACAGUGUAACAUCACACAGUCUGGUUGUUCAAUAACUCCCAACUUCACUGAAACUGAUCAGACUGAUCGAUACGAUGGAUGAUGGAUAACAUUAACAGUUACUUACUAAUUAACUAGCUACAAACUGGCUCCUCUUCCUCCGUUUCAUUCCUCUCCUGUCGCUGCCUGAACCCGCCGAGUCUUCAUCCCCAGAGUCAGAGUCCUGGUCGGAGCCGCUGGACAUCAGCUGCCCUCCGUCAGUCCGCCCCGCUCCGGUUCUGUGGCUCAUUCGGGCCCCGCCCUGGUAUCAUGUUGACUUUAAAUUUGAUCAAUACACUCUAAAGACGGAAAAUCAAAAGCUUCAGUUUCUGUGUAAUCAGUACACUUUAACGAGAGUCUGUGGCAAUCAACGUUUUGCCACUAAACAGGAAGUUUUUGUAACUUACAUGUACAUUCUCCAAUUUGCACCAAACAUUACGUGUCUGAUAAGAGUCCCGCCCUGAACACAUCUAUGUGCUAAUAUUUAGUCAUAGUCAUAGCGGUACCUAAUGGAAACAGAUCGAUGUGGCGAUCAUCAUCUGAUUUAUGUGAAAUUCUCACAACGUGGUCUCUACGUGAUGUGCUGGCGCAUAACGCGACUGCAGCACGCCCCGACUUGCACUGACUGUGAGGGCCAGAUCAUUGCUGCUCACUGGAACAAGUUGCCUUUGAUUUUUAAUGAAUUAUUUUUGCAGUUUUCACUGUCUCCUGAAAAUCUGACCUGAAAUGAGACAUUUUAGGCCAUAAAAAGAAGUGAGAUCCUGGAGGGACUAAUAAUCAUUAUUGAUCUUUAGUUCUGAUGAUUCAACAGUUUGAUGAUGAAUCUCUCUGUGAGCUCUCACACCUGAACUUCCAGAUGCAGGUUGAAUGUUGACGCUCUCUCCGUAUAUCUGAACUCUUUGCACCUUAGUGGUCACAUGACUGUUCGGGGAAGCUCCAGCACUUUAGGACAGACGUUGGGAAAUUGAGCUUUUCACCCCCUGAGCAGAAAAACAUGAAUGUCUUCAUCCUGGAUUAAAUUAACGUGCCUCGUCCACUCACCUGACACCCCGGUGUCUUUGUUGUGACCUCAUGCAGGUGAUGUUGUUUGUAUCUACCUGAGGCUGAAGCCUCACCGCUGCGUACCUGGCGCUCCGCCUGCCGCCCAGUCUGCUCAGACCACGUUAGCAUGCUGUCUCUCACGCAGCUGCAGAAAUCAAAUGUCCCUCUGUGAACGGACUCACUCCACAGGACUCGACCGGCACAAACUACAGUAACCAGCCACCAUAUUGCAUGUUCCAGAGUUUAGUGCCUAUAAUAUUGUGCGUCUUGCCAGAAGCCACCAUGUCAGCCAAGCCAUGUUGUGUUUCUAGACUUAGUAGUGAUGUGUGUGGUGACUUCAUAGUUGCUAAUAUUGAGGAUGAAUAUUCUGCUUUUACUGGUUGGAAUUCAGUGGAAACUCCAAUACACUGUCGCUGUAGACAAAACUAGUUUUUACCUGUUUUCUUAUUUUUCUUUCUAACUAAAAGCGUUUGUUGUCCCCUGA